CCUGUAAUGUCGUGAGGCAAAUAAAUUCCGCAAUUCAACCCAUCCAUUCAUUCAUCAACUUCUCUUCCAAACUUAAGCGACACUUUGACGAGCUGAGGAGAGAGAAAGUAAAAGCUAGAGAGAGAAAACCAUGGAUGAAGAAGAGCAUGAGGUCUACGGAGGUGACAUUCCUGUCGAAGGAGAUUUGGAGGGAGACUUGGAUGCUACCAACGCCGACGUCGACAUGUCUACCGGCGACGAUGACGCCGCCGUCAAGGAGCUUGAUGAGAUGAAGAAGAGAUUGAAGGAGAUGGAGGAGGAAGCUGCUGCACUUCGUGAGAUGCAAGCUAAAGUCGAGAAGGAGAUGGGUUCUGCUCAAGAUCCUGCCACUGCCGCUGAACUGGCAAACAAGGAGGAGGUGGAUGCACGGUCUGUUUUUGUUGGCAAUGUUGAUUAUGCAUGCACCCCUGAAGAAGUUCAGCAACAUUUCCAAUCUUGCGGGACAGUGAAUAGAGUGACCAUUCUUACAGACAAGUUUGGUCAGCCUAAGGGUUUUGCAUAUGUGGAAUUUGUUGAACAGGAUGGUGUUCAACAGGCGCUACAGUUAAAUGAAUCUGAACUACAUGGUCGUCAAUUGAAGGUGUUGCCCAAGAGAACAAAUGUGCCAGGCAUGAAACAAUUUAGGGGAAGACGUUUUAAUCCUUAUAUGCCCUUCCGUUCCCGCAGACCGUUUGCUCCGCCUUAUUUCUUUAACCCAUAUGGCGGCUAUGGGAAGGCUCCUAGAUACAGAAGACCAACCCGAUACAUGCCGUAUUACUAGAAGAAACUCUAUCUGCAGUUCUGCAUGAUAGGAUUCAUUGUGUACUACUAAGUUUUUACUAAUAGAAGAAACAUUUAGUUACUGCUGCUUAUGUGCACCUUCAGUCCUUCAGAUGUAUGACAUACUUUGGAAUUGAAUACUUGUGAAUUGUGAUAGACGUAUGUCCUCUCGUACUUUGACUUAUUUCAGUUCCAACAUAGUUACCUUCAGUUAAUCAGGAAAUUUUGAUCCUGGAUUGGAGUGUCAUGCGAACUGCAUUACUAAUCCCUCUAUUAAAGUUUAAUCAAACUAGUUGUUGGAUAUA